AUGUCUCAGAUAUCAGCUGCUGAUUCACAGGAGUCGCGCUUCUCGAAGUACAAGCUCAAGGAGGACCUGUACAAAGAGCCAGAGUGGUUGAGUUCGGGAGGUAACAAAUCACUUAUAGGUGGAACGGGCACAAGAACAAAGAAGAGAAGCAUACCAACUACUCUCAUCAAAAGAACAAGCAAAUUUCUGGGUGAAACGACCGAUGAUGCUGAUAGCUCGAGCCAGCCGGCGCUGCCGUUCCAGUCUGGCGUCCAAAGGAAACGGUUUGCAGGUGAUUCUGUCAUUGCUGACCACGAAACGACAUCCAUAGAUGAGUUCCAAGACCUUCCUCCAAAGGUGUCCCUCUAUGACCGCAUGAGUAACGAUGAAAAUUCUGGUAACGCUCUACUGAUCAACAGCCCAGGUUUUGGAAAGUUUGAAUCCGACCCCAAUAGUUACAGAAACGUUUUCAACAGAGUCCAACGAAGCAGGGUUCCAGUCGGAUCUAGCGAGUCGGCAAACCCAGAUCUCCCCUUCUCCGUUGGCAAGGUAGACUCACUAAAUGACAACGAAAAGGAUGCAGAACCAACGAUAAGAGAGACUGCUGUUAUAGUGUAUGGAUAUGACGAUUCGCAGUUCGCCUCGGUUGUGGAGCAAUUUUCAAAAUACGGGACCAUAAUGGAGGAUUUUAACCAGCGUAAGCUUCUGAGUCAAAGCAAGAACUACCCCGUUUUCAUUGGGCCGCAGUGGGUGAAAUUCACAUACGACAACUCGGCUUCCGCCGUGCGUGCUUUGCGUGAUAACAAUAAAUUAGGUGCAUCUGGUUCGGUGAUAGGGGUGGUCCCUUACACAAGAUCGUCUCUAGAGAAACUGCUAGGAACGUCUAUUCCAGACAAUCAAGACAUUGGGUGCUCUAUGUCGCUGGUUAAGCUUGUGAGCGACCAAAAAUUACCAGAGAUAGAGCUUUCUUGCGUUUUUGCUGCUGAGGGCGGCAAUCAUGAGGAGCGUCAAGACGGCAAAUUUAGACUCAAGGAUGGGACCGGUCUUAUCAAUGUCCCGAAAGCUGCAAAAAAGGAAAAUAAGGGACUUUUGGAGCGUGGCAUGAAGCUUGUUUUUGGGGCGGGAGAAGUUUAG